AGAGGUGUCGUAUCUGUCUGUUUCCUCUCCUCUGCCCCUCGUUCUCCAUUUUUAAAUACCAGUCCGACUUCCCCCACCAUGGCUUAGAGGAGUUCCAACUCUUUUUAACACAGCCCAUCUUCCUCCCCCUCCUCCUCUCCUCCUCCCUCCUGUCAAGAAAUUUCCGAGAAAACCAGCCCAUUCCUCAAUCAUCCACUCGCCAUGGCUUCCGCUACCGCAGCAGCAACCACCCUUCUCGGAUUAUGCAACACUACCCGCCGCUUUGUAUCAUUCCCUCCUAACAGUGGGCCGUCUGAAAGCACUCUAAUUUCGGGUAUUUGGUCGCCAGGCAAAUCGCUUCACCAUAAUUUCCGUCUUCGGUGUAGCACGGUUUCCAGUCCUCCCACCAAAGAAUUAGAUGAGGGGUCCCAAAAUGGCAAGCCUGUUACAAAGUGGCAAGAGAUUCUGGAAGAAGGCAGCACUGAAAAUGGGAUUGUCGAGGCAAGCACAUCAAGUAGGAUAGAAGAGAGCAUAGAAUCCAUUCGGUCAAUGCUCCGUUCCAUGGAUGAUGGGGACAUAAGCAUAUCGGCUUACGACACUGCAUGGGUUGCCCUUGUGGAAGAUGUCAACGGAAGCGGCGGCCCUCAAUUUGCUACGAGUCUCCAGUGGAUCGCCGAUAAUCAGCUUUCCGAUGGUUCAUGGGGUGACAGCAAAAUCUUUUCGGCUCACGACCGGAUACUCAACACUUUGGGAUGUGUUGUUGCGUUGAAAUCCUGGAACAUGCAUCCUGAAAAAUGCGAAAAAGGAUUAUUGUUCAUAAGGGAUAACAUUCACAAGCUAGAGGAUGAAAAUGCUGAGCACAUGCCUAUCGGUUUUGAAGUGGCAUUUCCUUCGCUAAUUGAGAUAGCCAAAAAGUUGAGCAUUGAGAUUCCGGCUGAUUCUGCAAUCCUGCAAGAGAUAUACGACAGAAGAAAUAUAAAGCUAACAAGGAUACCCAAGGAAAUAAUGCACACCGUACCCACAACGUUGCUCCAUAGCUUGGAGGGUAUGCCAGAUCUGGACUGGCAAAGGCUACUAUCACUCAAGUGUGAGGAUGGUUCCUUUCUGUUUUCUCCAUCCUCCACUGGUUUUGCCCUCAUGCAGACUAAGGAUGCUGAUUGCCUCAGAUAUCUGACCAAAAUCGUACAAAAAUUCAACGGAGGAGUUCCGAACGUAUACCCUGUGGACUUAUUCGAACACUUAUGGGCUAUUGAUCGACUUCAAAGACUGGGAAUUUCUCGGUAUUUCAAGCCAGAAAUCGAGGAGUGUAUCGAUUAUGUUCACCGAUAUUGGACGGAGAAAGGUAUCUGUUGGGCUAGAAAUACCCACGUUUAUGACAUUGAUGACACAGCAAUGGGUUUCAGACUCCUAAGGCAGCACGGCUACACGGUUUCUGCAGAUGUCUUCCGUAACUUUGAGAAGGAUGGUGGAUUCUUUGCCUUUGCCGGACAGUCGAACCAGGCUGUGACCGGGAUGUAUAACCUGUAUAGAGCUUGUCAGGUGAUGUUUCCUGGGGAGGAGGUACUUGCCGAUGCCAGGAAGUUCUCGUCGGAAUUCUUGCAAGAUAAGCGAGCUAACAAUGAGCUCCUAGAUAAAUGGAUCAUCAUGAAAGAUUUGCCUGGCGAGGUCGGAUACGCUCUAGACGUUCCAUGGUAUGCCAGUUUACCUCGUGUAGAAACCAGAUGGUACCUAGAACAAUAUGGCGGCGAAGACGAUGUCUGGAUUGGCAAGACAUUGUACAGGAUGGGAAAAGUUAACAACAACGUCUACCUUGAGCUUGGGAAAUCAGAUUACAACAACUGUCAGGCACUGCAUCAGCUGGAGUGGAGAAGGAUACAAAAAUGGUAUGCGGAAUGCGGCCUUGGAGAGCAUGGACUAAGUGAGAGAAGCCUUCUCCUGGCCUAUUAUCUGGCAGCUGCCAGUGUGUUCGAGCCGGAAAGGUCAAAGGAACGGCUUGCCUGGGCCAAAACAACUGCCCUCAUCCACACCCUCACAUCAUAUUUCAGCAGUGAGCAAAUGGCAGGGGAUCACAUUGAGGCCUUUCUCCGCGACUUCCAACGCUCCUCCUCUAACCUUGACCACACCACUGGUGGAAGAUACGGGCCGACCCAAGGAUUGCUCAGGACUGUACUUGGAACGCUGAAUCAGCUGUCUUUGGACGCAGUGUUAGUACACGGCAGAGACAUCCAUCAAUAUCUGCGUCGCGCUUGGGAGAAGUGGUUGAUAGCUUUGCAAGAGGGAGGUGAGAUGGGUCAAGAGGAAGCAGAACUUACAGUGCGCACACUAAAUCUGUGCGCCGGCGGCUACCCAUCGGAGGAGUUAUUGUUGUCCCAUCCCAAGUAUCAACAGCUCAUGCGUCUCACUUCUAGAGUUUGUCACCAAAUUCGUCAUUUCGAAAACAAAAAGGUACAUGGUAGGGAUAAUAAUGGAAGUGCAAACGCGGGUGGCAUCACAAGCGUCAGCUCCAUAGAAGCAGACAUGCAAGAACUAGCGAAGCUUGUUCUCACCAGUAGCCCGAGCGAUCUGGAUGCUGAUGUCAAGCAAACAUUUCUCACAGUGGCAAGGAGCUUCUACUACACCGCCCAUUGCAAUCCAGGAACCGUCAAUUUCCAUAUGGCCAAAGUUCUCUUUGAGAGAGUACUUUGAUUUAACAUGUCCAUUCCUUUUGUUCUCGUCGUUAAAUGGCACCCAGUGAAAAGUUUAUUCUCAUACUGUUGUAGUAGUAAUUAAGUGCUCACAACAUGUAUAGAAACGAAUAAUUAUAUGUAAUUUUUCUUUUAAUCUUCAAUGUGCCUUAGAAAAUAUUGGCAAAUCCAAUCUAAGCUUGUGAACGUACAGCAUUUAAUUAA